UACCUUAUUUUUUAAACUUGGAAAUUAAAACUGAAAUAUUAAUAUAUUACAAUUUAUUUACUUGCAGAUCACAACCUAAUGAGCUACGCGAUGUAAUAAAGUCAAGCGAAUCGCCAACAGCAUUGGAUGAACAAAAGGUGGACCAGUACAUUAAAGCAACGUCUUUAAAUGUCAAUGAAAAGGUUAGCCUACAGGUAAACAACGAGAAACUGGCAGCCUUGUGGAGGCAUGCCAUACACAUCGGCACGUUGCCACUUCCACAGAAAUCGGGGUGUAAACUUACGCCCCCAUCACGUUCCAUUAUGCUCAUACCAGCUACAGUCACCGGCAAUGUGAUACUACCACGCAUGCCUCCCAUCCUUGGGGCUAGCAUGCUGCUGCCGGUUCCCCCACCACACUAUAGAGGCAUGACACUACCCCAUAUGAGACCGUCUGUACUCUAUGCCAAUCCGGUUAGUUUAACGGGCACCUAUCGCUCCAAUAAGAGCACCAAGCCGACAGGGUUGAUUGAGCAACGACGACGUGGUCGUACUGUUGACAACUCUGAGAUAGAUGUGUUGAGUGGUGCUCAAAAUUUUCAAUAUACUGGCAUGGAUCGCGCGAUAGCUGACAGUUUCCUGGAACGCCAGGAGCAAUCGCAAGUCAACAGCCACAUCGACUACUCCUCAUUCUCGUCCUCAAUGCACAGCAAUGUCUACAGACAGAAGGCAGCUGCCAGCUCCCAUACUUCAAGCAAAGCAAAAAUUGUAUGCCGCGAUAUGGUGAUUUAGAUCC